AUGAAUUUGAAAGUGCAGCUGCUGCUAGUCACUGCAUCAUUUGGACUGAUCAUGGGCGGUAUACUGACAACUUUAUUUAUUACAAGAAUGCCCAGGGAUACAGAUUAUACUGUAGAAGCAACAGGCGUAUCUGAUAAUGAAGAACUAUUAAAGUCAUUUAAAGAUUCUCUCGUUACAGAGACUACGUGGUUAGAUGUGCUAUGGGACUUCUCCAUAAUUAACUCAAAAAAUGAAAUAACUGAAAAUAUAUCAAAUAUUCAAUUCUUCACAGAUAUAAGUGUGGAUACGCCCAUAACCAGCUUAAACUUACUUGAUGGUCCCAUGAUUACCAGUAAUAAGGACUAUAUCAUAUUCGAGAAUAACCCGGAAAUUCAUUAUUUCUAUUUCUCAAGCAGUAAGAAUUCUUCAUUUGAGUACGUCAUACAUGCGUAUAACCAUAAUUUAUUUGAUGCUCAGACAGGGGUUUGUAUAUUUUACAGGGAGGAUAAGGAACUAAAAGGGUAUUUGCUGAAUAAUAUCAGACUAAGAGCGGUAAGGUCAACAAAAAUAAUAUUAUUAGUAGAGAAUGAAUUAGAAAUAGAAAGAAUCAUGGACUUCAAUGGUAAUUCACAUGAAUUCAUAUGA